UUACUUUCUUUUUUUUUUUUCUUUUGGUGAAGGAGUUGAAACAAACCUAACUUUGUGGCAUAGCAGCUAUGCAGCUUGAAAUCCAAGUAGCACUGAAUUUUAUUAUUUCAUAUUUGUACAAUAAGCUUCCCAGGAGACGUGUCAACAUUUUUGGUGAAGAGCUUGAAAGACUUCUUAAGAAGAAAUAUGAAGGGCACUGGUAUCCUGAAAAGCCUUACAAAGGAUCAGGGUUUAGAUGUAUACAUGUAGGGGAGAAAGUGGAUCCAGUGAUUGAACAAGCAUCCAAAGAGAGUGGUUUGGACAUUGCCGAUGUUCGUAGCAAUCUGCCAGAGGAUCUUAGUGUUUGGAUCGACCCAUUUGAGGUUUCCUACCAAAUUGGUGAAAAGGGACCAGUGAAGGUGCUUUAUGUGGAUGAUAAUAAUGAAAAUGGAUGUGAGUUGGAUAAGGAAAUAAAAAACAGCUUUAACCCAGAGGCCCAGGUUUUUAUGCCCUUAAGUGACCCAGCCUCUUCAGUGUCCAGCUCUCCAUCGCCUCCCUUUGGACACUCUGCUGCUGUAAGCCCUACCUUCAUGCCCUGGUCCACUCAGCCUUUAACCUUUACCACUGCCACUUUUGCUGCCACCAAGUUCGGCUCUACCAAAAUGAAGAAUAGUGGCCGGAGCAACAAGGUUGCGCGUACUUCUGCUAUCAACCUCGGCCUGAAUGUGAAUGACCUCUUGAAGCAGAAAGCCAUCUCUUCCUCAAUGCACUCUCUGUACGGGCUGGGCCUGGGUAGCCAGCAGCAGCCACAGCAGCAGCAGCAGCCAUCCCAGCCGCUGCCGCCACCACAGCAACAGCAACAGCAGAAAACCUCUGCUCUUUCUCCUAAUGCCAAGGAAUUUAUUUUUCCUAAUAUUCAGGGUCAAGGUGGCAGUACUAAUGGAAUGUUCCCAGGUGACAGCCCCCUUAUUCAGUACAGUAAUGCCUUUGAUGUACUUGAGGCCUAUGGUGACCUCAACGAGAAGUCUUUUGUAGGUGGCUUGAAUUUUAGCUUAAAUAACGUACAGUAUUCUAACCAGCAAUUCCAGCCUGUUAUGGCUAACUAAGAAAACAAAAAAGUGUGUCGUACCAGUUAAAAUGCACGGGCGCAAGAAGACUUUUUUUGCACCUCCUUGAGAUUUUUUUUAAGCUUAUAGUAAGGAUACAUUCAGGCUUGGUUACAAAAAUAAAACAUGAAUCGUUUUUCAUUUGUCAACCAAGCACAAAGUUAUUUUAUACUGACUGUAUAUUUUAAAGUAUACUCUCAGAUAUGGCCUCUUACAAUAUGUAAGAUAUAGCAAGGACAUGGCUGAUUUUUUUUAUAAAAAAUUACCACUAAUAAGUGGGUUUAUUGGUCUUUUCUAAUUGUACAAUUUAAUUUAGUACAAAAUUUGUAAAAUA